ACACAUGCGCGCGCACACACACGACACAGCCUGCCUUUGCGGAAGUCGGAGGUGCUGAGGCGGCGCUAAAGAAAAUUAGCAUACCCGCUUCGCGGCGCCCGGAUGCGGAUGGAAGGGUGAGCAGAAACCGCAGGGACGUAAUCCUCUCAACCAGGGGGUGGGGGAACAAAAUAAAGGAGACAGCCGAGUGCGGGCUCACCUUUUCCGGUUCUUCUCGACGUCCGUCAGCCGAGGAGAUGGGCGACAAGGCGGGCACAAGAGUCUUCAAGAAGUCCAGUCCAAACUGUAAGGUGACGGUCUACCUGGGGAAGAGGGACUUUGUGGACCACCUGGACCACGUGGAUGCAGUAGACGGCGUCAUCCUGGUGGACCCAGAGUACCUGAAGGACAGGAAAGUCUUCGUCACGCUGACGUGUGCCUUCCGGUAUGGACGCGAGGACUUGGACGUCUUGGGACUGUCCUUCCGCAAGGACCUGUACAUCUCCACCUUCCAGGCUUUCCCGCCCGUCCCGGAGGAACGCAAAGCCAACAGUCGCUUGCAGGAACGUCUCCUGAAGAAGCUGGGACAACAUGCGCACCCCUUCUACUUCACGAUCCCCCAGAAUCUUCCGUGUUCCGUCACCUUGCAGCCUGGACCUGAGGACACAGGCAAGGCAUGUGGCGUGGACUUUGAGAUCCGAGCGUUCUGCGCCAAGUCCAUGGAGGAAAAGAUCCACAAGAGGAACUCUGUGCGUCUGGUCAUCCGAAAGGUUCAGUAUGCUCCAGAGAAGCCGGGUCCUCAGCCCAUGGUGGAGACCACACGCAGCUUCCUCAUGUCGGACAGGUCGUUGCACCUGGAGGCGUCGCUGGACAAGGAGCUCUACUACCACGGCGAGCCCAUCAGCGUCAACGUGCACGUGACCAACAACUCCACCAAGACGGUGAAGAGAGUGAAGAUCUCAGUGCGUCAGUACGCCGACAUCUGCUUGUUCAGCACGGCCCAGUACAAAUGUCCCGUGGCCCAGCUGGAGGCGGAUGACCAGGUGUCGUCCAGCUCCACCUUCUGCAAAGUCUACACGCUGACGCCCACGCUGGACAAGAACCGCGAGAAGAGAGGACUGGCGCUGGACGGCAAGCUCAAGCACGAGGACACCAACCUGGCCUCGUCCACCAUCGUCAAGGACGUCACCAACAAGGAGGUCCUGGGCAUCCUGGUGUCCUACAGAGUCAAAGUCAAGCUGGUGGUUUCACGCGGAGGGUACGUACGACGUCACCCCGUCGUUUUUGCAAGCCACUUACUUCCCGUUUGGUGUCGUCGCCAUAGAGACGUGUCCGUGGAGCUGCCCUUCAUCCUCAUGCACCCCAAACCUGCUGACCCCCCCGCAUCGCGCCCCCAAUCAGCUGUGCCGGAGACGGACCCUCCCAUCGACACUAACCUGAUAGAAUUCGACACAAACAGCGUCUCCCAGGACGACGACUUUGUCUUUGAGGACUUUGCCCGCCUGCGACUCAAAGGCGCAGUGGACGACAAGGACGAGGACUGCUAGGAGUGCCCACACUCAAACACACACACUCGCGCACACACACACACACGCUCACAUUACAUUCCGGGGCGGAGGGACAGAUGCUGCCAUGUUUGGGCGGAGCGUCGCGGCGCUCCUUCCUUCCUUUGGUCACUGGGCCGCCGUUCUUGCUGCCAUCUUUUUUGUGAGUUGUUUUGAUUUGCCGGGCGGCGCUUGUGGGGAAACAAUGAAGCCAACACAAACAUCUGUUGCUCUUUUAUUUUGAAAUCCUUUGAAUGUUGAUGGUGUCCUGGGGUGACGGUUAGUAGACUGCACGGGGACAGCGCAGCGGCAACAUUCCAGCAUUAUUUUCACAUUUGCGCUCACACAGGAAGUGGCGUCGCUGCUAAAGGUGUCCUUCUAACCCUCCUUCACUUCCUGUCAGUCGGCGGCGAGCGGUGCCUUCUUUUUGUCUUUAUUCACUGUUAAUAAAUGCCAAUUAACCCCCCGCCCCAACCAGAAGGAAAAACAUGAACUUGUUUCAUUGAUGUCUUAUUUUGAAGCCACCAGCGUCACCUCGCCGCCGACCCGAGACAAGACGCAUGACGGAACAUGUUCUCGCGCUCCUGUGGCGGAAGGAAAGAGGCGGAGCAUGUUUGCUUUUUCCCCCCCGAGCAGUGCUGUGAAUCGUGGUCGUCGUGACUCGUUUGGUCGUGCAUGUGAAAUGAACAAGCGUGCUCGUGUGGUCUGCUGCUGACAGGAAGUGGAUUCUCAUUUGGUGGGUGUGUGGGAGGGUCACGAACCGUCAGUCGUCGUCGUCGUCGUCAUCUUCGUGCUUCCUCUUCAGCGUGUCUGCGCCGGCGUUCUGUGCCGCCAUGUUGGUGGUGGUGAUGAGGAUGUUCUUGGAGCCAAUCAGAGACGGGUUGAUGAGCACGUUGGAGGUGGUGGAUGUGGUGAGCGUGGCUGAUUGACCAGGGAGCAGAAAAAAUUUUCAAAGUGCAACACUUGGAGUGGAUUUUUUUUUUUUUUUUUUCACUCUUACUGCUUUUGCUGGCGCUGCUCUGUGAGGGAGGGGGGAUCUGCACGGUGAACCUUUGACCCGUCAGCGACACCGGGGGUCCGACCUUGGCGCCGACCGACUGAACGGUGGCGUUUCCUGUGUAGACUGUCCGGUCAGUACGCUCCAGCAAGCCCUUUGGUGCUCCACCUAGACCUGGGCCCAUGUUCCAUAAGUCAAUUAACAGAACAAUACAUGAAAACUAACUCUUAA